GGGGGGAGGGGGGGGGGGGGGGGCUCGGGGUGGCCGGCGGGCUCAGGGACAGGCACCGGUGGGCUCGGGGUGGCCGGCGGGCUCGGGGCCGCAGCUGGGUCGGCACCACAGGCCGGACCAAGGCCUGGCGCAGGGUCCCUGUCCCGCCGCCCCGGUGCCCCAGCACCCCUCAGCAUGGAGGACCGGAGGAAGAAGCGGAGCCCCAAGGCUUGCCUGGCCCCGCCGCUGCCCGCUGGGGCCCCACGGCCGCUGCCCCACAGCAAGAGCACGUCCUUCGCGCUGCCGCUGCCCACCCUGCCCUCACCCAGGCAGCGCACCCGGCUCAGGCGGACAAGCAAGGAGCGAGCUCGGGCAGGCACAGGGGUGUCACGGGGGGCCCCGCUGCAGCACAGCUUCCUCACCGACGUCUCCGAUGUCUGCGAGAUGGAAGGAGGGCUGCUCAGCCUCCUCAGUGACUUCCACUCGGGAAAGCUGCAGGCCUUCGGGAAGGAGUGCUCCUUCGAGCAGCUGGAGCACGUGCGGGAGAUGCAGGAGAAGCUGGCGCGGCUCCACUUUGGCCUUGACGUCUGCGUGGAGGAGCUCCCUGAGGAGCAGAAGAAGGUGGCGGCCGACAGGAACCUGGACCAGCUGUUGGCACAUCUGGAGGAGCUCAGCAGCUCCAUAAGCUGCACCUGGCCGAGAGCUCGGACGCCGAGGACGCGGCCGCCUGACCCCGCGCCCGGCCCGGCUGUGGGGCGGCCGCGAGCCGCGGCGCCCAAGGGACCCCACAGCGGGGCCGACCCCGCGGAAGGGCCGCCGGGGCCCCCGCCGGUCAAACGGGGGGAGCGCAGCGCCCCAGGCCCUGCCAGCGCCCCCCGCUGCCAUCUUGGCGGGCCCCACGGGCGGGGAAACGGCGGCGAGGGGGCGGGGCUUCGCCUGCCGUCGCGCCCGGCUGACGUCAUCACCAGCCGCCGGGUUGCUGGGGCGGCCAUGGCGGCGGUGCUGGGGCCGCAGGCCGAGGCCGAGGGGUGGCGGCGGCUGCUCCGCGCCGUGACCCGCCUGCAGGCCUGUGUCAGGGGUUACCUGCUGCGGAAGCGCUUUAGGAACCUGCGAGCGGAGUACGAGGAGGUGGUGCGGGAGAUCGAAGGAGACCUGAGCCAGCUGCGGUGGAGGGGACGGCUCCUGCCGCGGCCUCUGUUUGUCCCUGAGAUACCAACACAAGGGAAGCAUGCAGCUCCACAGGAGGCUGUACCAAGCGAUGAGGCUGGCACGGAAAAAGCACAGGAGCUGGAUGCCUCUGAACCAGAACGCGACUGGGGCUGCAGCAGUGUGAAUCCUACAGCCCAGCUGCAAAGCAAGAAAGAACUGAGCUCCAUGGGCGAGGGUGAUGGAGUGAGCCCCCCCGAUUUUGGGGCUGAUGCCACUAAAUGCACUGAAAAGGUGUGCAUCCCCCCUGCAGAGAACGAGGACUGGCAGAACGGCAGUGACAUAUCCUCUGUGUGGGACGAUGCUGUCCUGGGGGCAGAGUCCCUUGAAGGCUGCCUGGAAAUUCCGCUUGAGGACAUAAAGGAGCUUCCUCGAACUCGGUCUGGUCUCCAGUCCUACAGAAAUCACUUGAUCAUGGAGUUGCUCUGGCUGCAACAAGCUAUUGUCAGCCGUAAAAAUUAUUUGAUGCUGAAACAGAGGCUGGGGGUUCCUGGUCCAUAGGAGAGCAUUCCUGAGCAGGAGGGGCACAUGUAUUGGUGUGGAGAAGCAGCAGAGCUUCAACACUGCAGUCGUGACAAGACCUCAUGGACAUUAGCAGCUUGGGGGAACUCCAGCUCUGUGGGUUGAUGUUUUCCACUUUGGAUGAAUGUGGCAAGAAAGCCUUUUAUUUCUUUUAAAAGUGAAUACUUGGUCAAAGUGGGGAUUAAACAACGCUUUGAAGCCAGGGAGGUGGUUGUAUGUCCUGGAGGGAGUCCCAGCGAGGCCUUCUUCCACAAGGACUCUAUUUUGUGUUGGCUGAGCUGGACAGUCCUGGGGGAAAAUCGAGGCUGGGAAGACUGUCACUUCAGAAGGCGCUUGACCAGCUGAUUGCUUGUGGUGGAACUAAAAUGCCUAAAGGCAGCAGGUGCUUUGAACCUGCAGACACAAGCUCUUCUCCACUGAACUGUGGGGGACCUGUAUUGAUAUCCAAGCUGUGUAUUCGGGCUGGCUCUGCACAUCACAGCUCUGCAAUAUCUGGGAUCUCCAAGCACUCCUGGUAGGCUUUGGGGAACACCUAGGUGAAGUACUAAGCUGGGAGAAGAGUUUCCUCGCUUCCCUGGGCAGUUGGUGGGGAGCGAUGGCACAUCAAACCCAACCUUCAGGAGAUGAGAUUCCUGACUUGCAUGUCUCUGGUCGUGGUGAUAUCUCUCUAUGUGGCAGAGUCACCUGGACUGGUGCUUAAGGGAGCAAAUAAGGACUUAACAGGGUUUGGCGCUGUGUCUCUGUGCUGCUCUAGUUCAGGGGCAUUCGCGGUCUCUCAGGGUCUUUCCACAUGGUGCUGUGGUUCCCUACUGUGACCCCAAGCUUCUGUGCAGACACUCUGCAUUCCGGCCACCUGGACAGUCACUUUUGCCAUACGGCAGUUGUAUCCUUCCAUUCCCGAAUUAUGCCAGCUUUUUUGUGAAUAAAAAGCUUUGCUGACACUCA